CUAAGGCCCAUUAAUAUGAAAAGUUUGACCCGGCUCUGUUCUUGUAACUCCAUUGACUCUGUUUCGCCCAUUUCAGCGAUUCUGAGUUGUAUUCUAGCUCUCUCAAUCUCAGGUCAUCGGAUACCAAAUCAAAUCAAGAACUUAAAAAAAAGGAAAGAAAGAAAGAUGCAUCCUCCACUUACACCACACAGGCAUCCAAUGUGUCUCGAGAUAAUUGAGGAAUUCCAAAAGUGUCAUUUAGAUCAUCCGAUUGGAAAAUUCUUUGGAGACUGUACAGAGCUCAAAGUAAAGCUUCUUCAUUGUUUCCGCCAAGAGAAAGCUGUUAAGCGGAAGGUAAAUUUCGAACAAAGCAAGAAACUUCAAGAACGACUGAAAGCUAUAAGGAAGGAAGAAAAUGCAGAGGCUUGAGAGCAUUGUUGGCUCCUUAUCUCAGAUAUGUUGUAUUUUUUUUUUUUUUCAAAACAAAACACGUUUCUUACGAUGAUAUUGAGUAGGGCUUCUUAGGAUUUGAAAUGAAAUGAGGUAUAUUUAUUGGAGUACCAAGUAGCUUACACAACUUCAUUCAUUGUGGCUACAAAAUAAUAUUUGCAUUCGAAGCAGAAUGUUAGAAGCUCCUCUC